GUGUUAUUUAUAUAUAUGUUUUUUUAAAACACUAUAGUUAUAGUAAAUAGGAAUAUAAUUUUGUGCAACUUCUAAAAUGCAAGACAAAAAUGUAGAGGGGUGAUUCGUGACUAAUUCAUUAAACUCAUUAAACAAAGCAUUGUUUAGAAAAGUCUUAUUUUUCUGAUCAGCUUACCGAGCGAAAGUUCCACCAUCUUCCACAUAAAAUACUUGCAAAUUACUUUUCCAAAGAUGAUCCAAGUUUCAAACCGUAUUAUCUCUAAAUUUUUGUAGGGAUUACUCCAGAAAAAAAUUCAAUCCUUUUCUCCAAUAAUGGUCUUAGAAUUGGAUGCGAAGAAAAUUCCUCUCAGCCAUGUCACUCAAAGAUUUAUUUAAAAAUCUGGAUGAUGUCAAUGCUGUUUUACCAGAACUGAUCUCUGCAGAUGGGCUGAAUUUAAAGGAUUUGGAUUGGAUUUCUUGGUACUUGUCAGCUCCUAAGUUUUCCUCAGUUCGCGUCAAUACCAUUGCAUUUUCUCCAGACAGUGUUGUUGAUCAACUGUCAGAGCAACUAGAAAAGGUUGCUACACUUUUCAAUAAAGAGCCUUCAAAAGUGUUUGUACAUCAUUUGUUACCAGAUUGUGUAAUAAUUUCACCGUGGAAGGAAGCUAAUUUAACACGCAGAAACAAGGAAGUAAUAGUGGAUAAGUUCUGUGGCUUGGCUGUGUUACGAGGAUCUCCUGUUUUUGCACCAGGAGUAAAAGGAAUGCAACCAGAUGUUCGUGAAGGGACAGAAGUCUCUGUUUUUGCUGAUGCCUCAAAUAGGUGCAAAAGAGGGUUUUUACGGGAGUUUGUAGAUAACUCGAAAACUUUUGUUGGCAAUGGUGUAGUAAAAAUGGAUCGCUACCGUCUAUUCAAUGAAAAGGAAUUGCCAUAUGGCAUAGCUGUGGAAAUAACUGAUACUGAAAGCAAAGUGUGCGGCGUUGAGCUACCUGAAAACCUAGGUAUUCUUCAAAAUCUACCAUCAAUUGUUUGUGGCCACGUUUUGGGGGUAAAUGCUGAGGAUAAUUUGACUGUUUUAGACAUGUGUGCAGCUCCUGGGAAUAAAGCAACUCACCUAGCAACUCUCAUGAAAAAUAAAGGUCUAAUUAUUGCUUUAGACAAAACAAAGAAGAAGACUCAUAAAAUUAACAAGCUUUGUGCGCAAUUAGGGAUACAAAAUAUUCGAACUUUUGCGUUUGACUCGAGGAAAUCAAUAGAUCGUUUCAGAGAAGGAGUUAACCUAUCCGAUGGACCUCCCUAUGCUCCUGAAUGUUUCGACCGAGUACUACUAGAUGCACCCUGUAGUGGUUUAGGUCAAAGACCUGUUUUUGACUUUGACUUAACGCAGAAAGAAAUAGAAUCUUUCCCUCUAGUCCAGAAACACCUUUUUUCAGUUGCUGUGCAACAUGUUCGCGUUGGUGGUUUCUUGGUGUAUAGUACGUGCUCAAUCACUCAUGCAGAGAAUGAAGGGCUGGUAAAGUGGGCUUUAGAAAAAUUUCCACAGAUCAGGCUUGUCCCAGCAGAGCCAAUAAUUGGCAAGUCAAGGACAGUAGAGAGUGGUUUAAGCGAAGAAGAGAGCAAAAUGAUUCAAAAAUUUGGACCUCCAUCGGACUGCACUCCUGAUACUGAUACUAUUGGGUUCUUCAUUGCCAAGUUCAAAAAAGUUGAAUCUGUUCAACACCCUUAAGAAGUUCAUUUUGCGAAGCAUAAUGUUCUGUCUCAACAUUGCCUCUGUAUCCCCGAGGCCCCAGCCAUAUGGAAAGGGGAUGUAGCAGCCCUUUCUACCGGAAGAUGUUGUUGAAAGUUAGUGAGUGGCCAAUCUGGUUUCAGGGUGUCAAGCAAUUUUUAAAAAAAAACUCCGACAUUUCCCUGACAAAACCGGCCAAAAAUCGGGUAUAAAAUAAUUUCAUGACAUUUCCCCGACAAAAUGGAAAAAUACUCCUAAUUUUCGACAUAGUUGAUCUGACUAGACGAAAGUAAGAAUUGUUUCAUGUUGUACGAAUAUAACGUAUGAAAUAGAGCAAAAUAUAUGGUGCCUAAACUUAUGCGAGAUAUUUUUACCUCAUUUCUAAAAUUUAAGGGACAUCAGUAGAAAUUCUGGUAGAAAUUCUGGUAUUGAUUCCAUUUUUCUGAAACUUAAUUCAUCAUCAAUAUAUUUCAAAAAAAUAAAUCUGUGUGUUUCAAU